AUAAAAAAAAAAAAAUGCAGAGGGAUCUUUAUCCAAAUUGCUUGUUUAGGAAAAAUACUAUUUUAAUUUCUGCUCCCUGAAUUAGUAGGUAUUAUCUAAUGCAGCCCAGCACCACACUCAUCACUUAUAAUUAUAAUAAGUUUUAUCAAAAUGCUCAAAGAUGUCCUCAUUCAGCUGUGUGUUGAUUGAUGAUCUAAAAUUAUGUUCACAUGUGUUUCUGAUAUUCUUCUCUCUCAUGUCUGUGCGUGUGGAUGCACGGAACAUUAGAAACACCUAUAGAAACCUGCGGUUGAUGUAUUUAGUCAGUGUUUAUUAUUAUCUAUAUUAAGGUAGAAUUUAUGGCUUCUAUCAAGUUACAUUAGAUGACCUAAUAAAGUCAUAACAUCUUUUAAACUCACUCAACCAGGAAUAAUAGGUGGUAUAUAUGAGAAUUAGUGCUGUUUUAAAGGUUAAAAGUGGUUGCAUGUAAUUUGAUAGAUUUUUUUUGUUGGGGAAACACGUUUUUGUUAACUGUUAUUGCACUGGUGGCGUUUUUUUUAAUCGGCGAUUCAUGAGCUCCUUUAAAUUGUUGUGAGAUAUCGUGUUUAUCACAGAUAUGUCUUUGUUGCUGAUAAUCUCUCCUCAAAGAUUCUGAAAAGUAAAUCAGAUGAACACUGAACUCGCAUAUUUCGAAUACCUUGCGCCGAGGCCAGUUUUGGUUAAUGCUGGCACACACACAGACACACACAUACCUGUUGCUUGCUGGUUCUGUUUGGCUGGUUUGUCAUUUGCAGUAAAAUUCUUGGCAGAAAGCAAACUAUGAAAGUCCGGUAGUGGAAAUCAAACAAAUGCACGCUACAAUGAACAAUAGAAACUUAAAAAGUGAACAAUGUCAGAAAUAACAAAUACAAUGCCGAACUUGAGUGUGACAGAAGAGAUAGGAAGGAAGACAAAGAAAGACUGAGGUUAAGCUCGGGGUUUAUCAGAUUUUGCUUCUGGCGAUGUGUGCUGUUGCUCGUUCACUCCAGUGUUGGUUUAUUUGUUCUUUCUCUGUUGUGUUGCAGCCCAGCGUCAGUGGGAUGGAGCCUCCCUUUGGGGACGCCUUUCAGAACUACUCGUUUGCUGACCAGGCCCUGACCAGCACUGAGCUGCUCGCCACCAGCUCUGACCCAGAUUUCAUGUACGAGCUGGACAGAGACAUGACCCACCGGCAGAGCCCCUGUGGCGACAGCAUUGUCGGGGUCGGGGAUGGAGGCAAGGAGGUGGAGGGUUGCGUGGAUCAGCUCAUGGGUCUGGGAGAGUGCGAGACGGUCUGCAGCAGCUCAGCGUUCGAACAGUGGGACUCCUACUGGGAAGACCUCACCAGAUACACACGGCUGGCCAGCUGUGACAUCUGGGGUACCAAAGAGGUGGACUUCCUCGGUUUGGAUGACUUCUCCAGUCCCUAUCAGGACGAGGAAGUGAUCGGUCGAACCCCAACGCUGGCUCAGCUCAACAGCGAGGAUUCGCAGCCUGUAUGUGAGGCGCUUUACCCCCCCGCUGACCUGAGCCUGCCUACCCCCCAGCCUCAGCCUCAACUGCCCCAGCUUCCCUGUCACAGUAAGAGACUCCUUGUCCCUGGCCAAGGAUCUGCACGGCCUUCACCAAGCUCCACAUCUUCUUCCCGUCCUUCACGCAGCCUUCUCCCAGACUUUCCUGAAGGUUCCCAAAAAGCCACCAGGCCCGUCCCCUCCAGCACUGAGACUAUGGCCAAGACCCAGAACCACCUCAGUCUCACCCAGGACCACGGCCAGGCUCAGAUCAAGCCCCCGGGGCGAGGAACCAAAAUGGCGGCCCCGACUUCACACAACUCUGACUUUGUGCGGAAGGCUAAAGUCCGUGUGAGCGCUGUACAUAAAGCUCAAGCUGACAUGCCUCCUCAGACAGAUUUUGAGAGGUCAGACCCCCCUUUACCUCUUUCCCAGCCUCAAGACGAGAAGGCCUCCACUUCAGCAAGUGCCGCUCUGGUGGGACUCUCCGGUGCUGCAGCCGGCGGCUCCGGCAGCCUGUCGAGCUUUGAGAGAAGGGCAGAGGGGGCGGGGAGGAGAGAGAUGCCUGUCGGCUGGUCUGCCAAUGUGCCUCAGCUGGUUGAGGCGAGCCAGGCUAUGGAGGGCAGCACCUCUGAGCUGGUGAGCAGCGAAAGUGUGGCGGGGGCCAGCAGUGGCGGCGGCGGUGGCGGCGGUGGUAGCGGUGGCCUUCUGGUUGUCGAGGGAACGGAGAAAAGCGAGGAGGAACACAACUACUCUCUGUUCCUGACCUGCAGCAGACUGGCCAGCAGAGCCCACUCCCAGCUAGAGGAGGACGAAGAGGAGGAGGAGGACGAGGAGGAGGCAGAGGAGGAGGAAGGCGAUGGGCUGGAGCUAGACGACGAAGACCACGAUGAGGGUUUCGGCAGCGAGCACGAGCUGUCUGAAAAUGAGGAGGAGGAAGAGGAGGAGGAGGAUGAAGACUAUGAAGCUGACAAGGACGAUGACAUGAGUGAUGCCUUCUCUGAGCCAGGCUGUGACGUGGAGCUGAUGGACGACAUUAAAGGCCUGACAGCAGGAGUCUCCAGCCGGAAGAGAGGAAAGCGCCGCUACUUCUGGGAGUACAGUGAGCAGCUCACCCCCUCCAAACAGGAACGUAUGCUGAAGCCGUCUGAGUGGGACCGACACACGCUGCCUAGCAACCUGUACCAGAAGAACGGGCCUCUCCAUGGAAAAUACAUGCUGAAGAAGUCUCGCCGCACAGACGUGGAAGACCUGACUCCAAAUCCACGCAAGCUGCUGCAGAUCGGCACUGAGCUUCGCAAACUGAACAAAGUGAUCAGUGACUUGACCCCCGUCAGCGAGCUGCCACUGACUGCAAGGCCCCGAUCCCGCAAGGAGAAAAAUAAGCUGGCGUCCAGAGCUUGUCGUUUAAAAAAGAAGGCCCAGUACGAAGCAAACAAGGUGAAGCUUUGGGGACUCAGCACAGAGUACGACCGUCUGCUGUUUGUGAUCAAUGCCAUCAAGGAGGAGAUAGUGGUGCGAGUAGAGGACUCUUCUCCGCGUUCAACCAACAUGACUGACACUCUGGAGCGACUCAUCCAGGAGACACUCGUGCCAUCACCUGUUGCUGGGCAGACUUCCGACUUUGUCAAUAAGAUCUUGGAGAACACAGGACGCGGCGAUCCCACCGGCGGACUGGUCGGCCUGCGAGUCCCCACCUCCAAAAUCUAGACAAGCCUCGGUCCACUGAGAGGAGUGGACAAAAUAUUACCACCGUGCUGUCCCGUUGUAACUAUGCUCCCCUCUGCAUGCCCCUCCAACCCAGAGUACAUACACAUUGUUAGUCACACAAACACACAUACCACUCCCUGUGUGUAUGUAUGUGUGCUUGUUUUUGCCAUGCACCUGCAUGGCGUACACCCUAGCUUCCUGUCUCUGCACGCAGCGUGCAGAGUCAGUGCGUCACUGUCUCCCAACUCAUCGUGAACGUCUGUUGGGAAAAGCACCUCUUCAAGCAAGUGAUGGUUAGGUGUAUAGCUAAUAGCACGUCCUAAAUCCACUGGUGAUUAAUAGAUGUGUUUAACAGAGCAAUGUGUAGGGUUGGUUCUGUUCGAGGUCUGCUUCCAGGGCUGAGACAGUCACAUGAGCGUAACCACUGGAAUACUUUGACACAACUUGUUUGAGGUAGUAAUGAUAGAUUGUUACAUGUCAGAUACCAUCAAAGGUUGAAAAGUUCCAGUUAUCAUUUCCAAGAAGAGGGUCACCUCGAAUGGCAACAAAAAAUGAACUCCAAGUUGUUAAAUUGACCCAUUCAGUAAAGCACUUUGAUAAAAUUGGCUUUGAUAGCCAAGAAAUCUGCAGGAAAAAAAAAAAAAAAAAGUCUGCGUACUCCAAGGUGUUAAGGGGUGGCAGGAAAUAUUUUGUAUUGAAGGCCUAAAUAUGUUCAUGCCAUCCCCUGUUUGCCAAUCAGCUCCGCUGCUGCGACGAGGGAGGAGUUAACAUUUAGCGAUUUAAUGCUCGAAACAAAGACGCAGUAGUAGGGGGCAUUUCUAAUUAGAAUUUAACAGUUGAGCAUCAGACUCCCAGCUGCUUUGAAGUUCGUGGCAGGCAGGAGAAAGCUAACCUUGACGACGUUACCUUAAACAGCAGGAGGUAGUUGACCAUGUGGAGACGGAGCGCAUGUAGCAUGGUGCUUUUUUGCCUUGUGCUGGUUAUAACUGGACUGGGUGAAACGGGCAUUUUGCCAGUAUGGGAACAGACAGACUGUGAGGAAGAUGAUGAUGGCGAUAAAGACGACAUAAACAGUGAUCCAUCUCCUCUAGGAAACUGUAUAUAAACGUGUCUCCCAGCAAACGGCACCGGCUCCCCUUUUUGUACAGUAGAGAUGACCAGGCAGUUUGGUGAUGACAGUUUGGUGUGUUCAUACUAGUGUUUGAUCAGAGUUCUAUUCAUUGUGCCUUGUGUAUGUAUGUGUAUGUUUCUGUAAGUCUGAGUGAGUGUGUGAGAGGGACUGAACGAGAAGAGGUGAUUGGUCAGAACUCCCUGAGGUCCAGGCUAGGAGAGGACUACUUUACACUGAGGGAGGUUGUUAGUGAAUGCGAGGAAGGACACACUUGUGUUGUGUAUUUCAGUCGUUUAAAGAUAUUCUGAAUGUACAUAAAUAAACGGAAGCUCUUGUUGCGUGAUGCCACAGAGUCUGUGUAUAUAGGAGGGCUCUGCAAUAGAUUACUUUUGGUUUUUGGUACUCUGUCUUUGGGGAUUGGGGAGGGUUAACAGAUAUUUUUCGUUUAGAGUUACAAAAAAUAUUUGCACACUAUAUUUUGAUUGUUUUUUGUACCAAAGACACAUGCAACGAAAUGGCAACCAGCCAGUUAAAGUAAGGUUUUGCACAGCUUACCUGACGCCGUAUUGAAUGUAAGAAAUGUGGGAGGGUCAGGGAACUUCAUAGAACUGUGAAAUUAGCUUGGGUCCAAUUCUGUACAGAAAAGGAACAUUCAUUUGUUUGUUUGGUUUUUUUUUUUAAUCUAAAAAUUAACCCCAUAUGUGGGCUUCUCCAGUAGAUUUGUUGCUUAGGAAGCACUUCAUUCCUGAACUGACUCCUCCCUCCACAUGCUAAACGUGUUAAUGGCGCUAGCUAGGACAAAAACCAAGAGCGCUAGUAGAUAAGCUAUGUUACAUUUUUGCUUGUUUGUCAAAAUGUCACCAACAGUAACCAAAAUAUUAUGUUCCUGUGUCACUUGUUUGAUUUCUAUAUGUAGAUGAGGUCUAGUUCAUCAACAAGAUAUUAACUGAAUUGUGUUUUAAAGUACUGUAUAUAGAAGCAUUAAUGAUAUAUCUAUCGAUGAUGAAAUGCCACUUUUCAUGACAAUUGAUUCAUUUACGCAUGACACAUUUCUAAAGCCUAUCCUUGCAUCAAGAAAGUUAGAGGAAAAAAACACAAAAACCAAAAAAAGUUCUUGAUAUAUUUUUGUGUUUUAGCUGCCUGCUAGUUUUCCUGUUGGUUUGGAGGUGGUCUUUGGUCAGAGACGUGGAGGGAAAAGAGAAGAAUGGUCUUAAAAUGCAAAUCUGAUAGUUUGAUCUAUGAGCUGACCCCUUUGUUCUCCUUUGCUGGCUGAGUGAAAUGCAGAGAAUCAGGACUGGAUUUAUUUGAAACGCAGUGCGGCGAAGCCUCGGUCUAGUUUGGCUGGUCUAUAAGGAGAAUGAGGACAUGCUGUCUUUAGCAAGGACGGGGACGGGUCCAGGAAAGCAAGAGGACAACAGUGUGGAGGUGUGAGGACAGAUGAGGAACCAGCUGAAGUUUUGUCUCAGAUGCUGUUGUGAGUCUGUCAAGACUGAUCUGGAUUCAGCACUGUGCUCUCUCAUUUAGAUUUUCCCACGUAUUCUCACUUUCAUCAUGAAGCCGGUUGAAUUUUGCAUUUCCUGGGAUUGCUGCCUUUAGGGUUGCGUUACUGAUUUGACUCUGCCAGGCUUCACCUUGCCUUUAGACAUCCUUCCUGACUGGUCACAGUGUUAAAGAAAAACUUUGUUCAUCAAAACAUUUGUGGCGUUCAGGCCAUGAAGUGGCAGCGUGUGCAGCCUUUUAAAAUGCCCGUUGCUUUGUCUCCCUGUUGCCUCGUCAGAGGAAACGCUACCAUUCUCAGGAAUUUUCAGAAUUCAACCAGAAUUCAUUCUAUUAGCAGGCAAAUACAAUGAAAAACAGGAGUUUAAUGAGGCUGAAUUCAGGUUAGUUUGAAGUGAAGAAAGUCCUCCUUCACAGAAUGAUGUCUGAUGAUGGUAAAGUCUUUCUGUACUGUGUGAUUGAAUAACAGCUAGUGCUGCAUAUAUAUAUAUUUUUACUGUUUUCCGUUCCGUCUAAAAAGGGAGAAAUGGUGCUUUUUCUGAAACUAGAAUGAUGAGUAUCCACGAUUCUUAUUUGACUUCUUAGACUAGUUGUAGCCUAAUGACUUGCUCUCCCCUACCGUCCAUAGCUAUUUUCUUAGUAGUGAUUCUUUUUUGUAAAUAAAGUAUAAGUUAAUAUGUAUCUUCUAAAUGUUAGAUAUAUGUAUAGAGUACUCUAUCUUAUAUGUUUAAAAAACAAAAGCACUUUGUCCAAAAAAGAAAAAAAACAAAACAAAAAGAAAAGCAUUUUUUUCUUCCAUUUGCUGCUAAACGGCCUGGUGUGAAUGCUGCAAGUGUACUUGACGACUACUUGCAAGGAUAGGUCUCUUACCUGACUUGGCUAGGUCUAUGAACUAGCAAGUAAUAGGUGUAAUGGCCUGACGAGGGUUAGAUCUAAACGUUUCUAGAGCCAUGAAAUGAUAUGAGGUGUGCGAGAGCGUAUCAUUGCUUGGCUUUGGGAAGCCCAGUGUCUUGACAGGAUAGGUCUAUUUCCUGGUCAGGGACCGUGUGAUGGUGUGUUUGUGGUCUUAAAAAAAAAAAAAUUUAAAAAAGAGGGUUUUGAUUCCAGGGCCCCUACGUUGAUCCUGAUGCUGACCCCCUUGGCGUCAUGAUUCAUUUGCCUUCAGUAGAGGUUUCCUAUGGAAAAACUGAUUCUGCUUUGGCUUCCUCUUCAGGGUGAUGUACAGUGUAGACACAUUUCUUCAGAGAGCUAUAUUGUUAUCAUUUGUAAACUGAUUUCUACUUGUGACUUAAUGAGGAGAGGUUUAGCCUGGGGCGGCCAGGAAGAGCUCGCUUGAAAGAUGUUCCUGGCCGCCUUGGGGGAAGUUACUAUAUCACUGUACUGUAUGGCAAGCCAAUUACAAAUGGAGACUCAAUCCGGACACUUAUUGCCUUCUUAAAUAACUUCACAUACACACAAACAAAAAUAACAUGGCAGACGUGUCAGCAUAACCAAGGUUUAUGGCACUUCUCUGCCGAUCCGGUAAACAACAACAACAACAACAAAACCAUUCAGCCUGAUUGGCUCAAAACAACCUUGACUGAAGUAGCAGACGUGGUGAAAUAUGUCUGAAAAAUGGCUUCAAAAGCUCGAACUGCGCGUUGUUGCGACAACAUUUGAAGCAUUUGUUUUUCAGCUAUGAUUUCGUCCCAGGUCUGGUAGGGGGUCAACAGUGGUUAAAGGGCCGCUGGUUGACGGCCGGAUGACAAGAGAAGCUUGUGUGUGUUUUGCUGUCGAUCACGAGGCUGGUUCAAGAAAGAGUCCUCACAGGUUUUUACAUUUAACAUGAUAGGCGCAAGCUGUGCAACUUUACAUUCAAACCAGGAGACUCUGUGGCAUUUUAACAGUCAAGGAAAUGAGUGAAAAAUCCACGCCAGUAAAACUAUUCCUUAUCCUUUUUAUUUCUGAUGACAUAAAUCCUAUACAGUCAACUAUUAAGCUAAUAGAGUGUGUAACUUUGUGCUACUCUUGUCCAAUAAAAAGCUACGUGGAUCCAUAAAGCUCUUCUUCAGCAAAUCAGGGUAAUAUCGUUCUUCUAUCUGACAUAUGUGAUGACAUAUAAAAUCAAAAGAAAAUAUAUUUAUGUAUUCCAAUUAUUGUCGCCAUUCUUUACUCUGUAAAAAAAAAAAAUAUAUUGUGUGUGUGUGCGUGUGUGUGUGUUAUGGAUUAUCAAUGUCAAUCACUAUGGUGCAAUGCUCUAUACACAAAGUAAAAAUACAAAAGGCCAACAGACUUGUCACAAGAAUUCACAAAAAUUUCUCCGCUUUCUCCCAAUUGGUCUUUGAACGUACACAAUCUGCAACAUCUUCCUCUCACGAAGGAUUGGACUCUGAUUUCCAGCCGUGAUCCAACUGGGGUUUGUCACAUGGUGCUGAUUACUUUUCAUUAACGAUGUGACAUAUUAAAAAGGCAUCUGUAUUCAGAUCCACUCACCAAUAACACUGUCCCAUCAGACCAAACUCCCCGCCCCCCCGCCCCGCCCCUCUUUCCCCCGAUCAUUCUCAUCGAUUCUGACUUUUGAUUAAAUGACAUGAUUUCACUGUUGGACCAAUCAGAGGAAGAUUCGCACCGACUCUUGCUCUAAACGACGACAACAGAAUGGUGAUUUCUGUAUUGUUGACCUGUGUGAUCAUUAUUGUUAAGCAUACCAUUAUUACUUUUGUAAAAGCCAGUCUCCUGGAUUUGACAGCAUCGCACGAAGUUGAAGCAAAAACAUGCACCAUAACAACAAAAUAGAUCCACAUAUUUUGGUGUAUUAGGACUUGUGGGGUUUAAUGUUUGAUCAAAUUGACUGAACUUUAUUCAAAUUCUACUGGUUGGUUUAUAUUUAAUUUGUAAAGCACCGUCUCCAGAGGAAAUAUAUGGUAAUGCUUUGUUUUUCAGUCUGAAAUUUUGAAAUCAUUUCCAAGAAGUUUCCUUGUUGCUUGUUGUAUGUAAUUUGUUACUAAUAUGAGACACAUUUAUAAUUCAUUAAAUCCAGUUAGUCAUUUAGAGGACACAAAGCAGGUCAGUUCAAUAUUUGACGAAACAUCUACAGAAAAUUAAGCUUUCAAUAACAACUGGAUAAUUAACGAUCAUGUAGUUGGGUUUAAAGCUGCAUUAAAUCAGUCUGUUUAUAAAAUAUUAAAGAUUUAUCACACGACUCUGCAGUUCCCAUCAGCCCUGCAUAGCGUUUGAGCAUCUUUCAGCUCAUUGUUUUGGUUUUCUUUCACUGCUCUUAUAGCGCUGAACAUAGUGGAGCAUUUACCUGCUAAGAAGCCAGAGACGUCCCCCAGGAGCUGAUCAAACCAUAAACUGAGCUACAAGGAGAGUCAACACUAAGGCACACAAAUGAAUGUUUGCAAAUAUGUUUACCACUUUAUAGGAUGAUAGUAUGUCAGUUUAGUGUUUACACUGGAGCAGCUUUUUUUUUUUUAAUAUAUGUUCCUGUUUUGCUAUAAUUAGUACCAAAAUACUUGCAGUAGCUGUUUCCAGCAAACUUCUAAGGAAAUGAUGGGUCUGUAAAAUAUGCAUUACUAAAUAUUUCCAAAUAAGUGGGUUUGCAAAACUAAAAUUUCCCUCCCCUUUGCUGGGUGCGAUGCCAGAUCCCAGAGUCUGGCUUCCUUCUGUUUCUUUUGUGGCAUCUCAAAUGUAUCCUGUCUUGUUUGAACCCAUGUGGGCUGCUUGUAAAAACGCCUCGUCACCGGAGGCUGUACGCUUACUACCCUCCACGUUCUGUCCCAGAGGCGAGAAUGCAGCAGGAGUUAUGUUUGUGCAUGCCGAUUCCCUGCAUAGCGCUGAGAGAAUCAAGUGGCGUCUGGAGCUCCUCGCAGAUUGGGGAAACAAUUGGGCCGAUCACCAGAGAGGGUCCUCAUCAUCACAGAGUUGUUGCAUGGCUUUUUGGGCUCUCUGUACUCUCAAUCGUAUGAUUUCAUACUUGCUGCUAUUGAAUGAGCACAAAGAGACUUCAGAUUUUGGUUUAGGGUGUCCAUGACACAGUUACAGUAUAUUAUUACCACACACCCCUGUUUUUUUUUCACACCUUUUUUUCCUAUGACAGUCAAAAGACCAACAGCAUUACUCACCUUGCACUUGGUUUUUACGAAUACAAGGAGAAAAACCAAUAUUUUGAAUAUGAUGCCUGCUGAACCAGGUGCCUUAAUCAAAUAUGAGAACACAAAUCUGCACCUUCUGUCAGUCUGGAGGGGGUUUCCCGACAGAAACAAGGGGCUGGGUUUCCCAAAACCUAAACUUGAAGUACAAUAAUGAAAUGAAAACCUCAGUUUAACCCUGAAUCAGUGCAUUUUGUAUAAUAAUCAACCUUUAAUAUCAGAGCUGUUUGUCAUGUCUGGAUGGUCAAAUAACUUUCCUGUGGGAUUUCCCUGUUCAAGUAUUACUCGAAGAAGAGCAAAAAUGACAGCUUGUAAGCUAAAUUGAUGCUGUUUUGGGAAACCUGGUUCUGUUUUUAACUUUUUCUCUGCCCACUACGCCACGUUAUUGUGUUUUCUGUAUUGGCUGUUGCUGCUAUCACCGCUGGUGUGUCCGUUUUAGAGAUGAGCAAACUUCCACUGUGUCUGAGACAGAGGGAGACCUGGGCCUGCUUUUUACCUAGUCGAUUACGAUGCAUUCUUCUUCUUCUUCUUCUUCUUCUGCGGUUUUGACGUGGAGCACUGUGUUGCUGCCUCUUGAGACCUUUUCGAGACAGAAAAAAAACAAACAAAAAAAAACAACAUAAAACAGAACUUUCCAUUUCUUAACUUUGCUAUUAUGAAGUGCCAGACCCUCCUUGAAGUCAGUGUUGGCACUGAGUCGCAGGUUGCGAAUGAAGCGACAAACUGAGCAUGGAGGUAAACUGUGGUGCUAAUCUGUCAGUGGCUGGGUGCUAACAUGGCUGUGUUCAAUAGCUGUAUUAGCCAUUUUAUUCCUUCUGUUGAUGACUCCGGUCAGUCUUGUGUUUUUGACUGCUGCACUGCUGUAUGCUGACAUAGCGAGGUAUAACUCUGCUGCUGCUGCUUUGCUGAUGAAUGUAGACUAGUCUUCCUCAGCAGGAUCAUACAGACAGACGAGAGCGUCUGGCCGAGCUUUUCCUUUUUGUUUCGACUUUGCUUGAAAGCUCACAGGGGGAGACUCUUGUCGUCAGGAUCUAGAAAGAUCUUGAAUGUUGUAUCUUUUACAUGGCCGCUGUCCUGCUUGUAUGUUUCAAACUUCUUCUUUUUUUUUUUUUUAAUAUAUGCUUUGAUAUUUAUGCUUUGAUUCUGUCAAAUGUUGCACGUUUGUUUUUUUUCCCCUAAAUUAUAUUUUAUUGCCAUUUUUUCUCUGAUCCCAGUGUUCAUACCAUUUCUUUGAUAUUUAUUUGUUUAGUCCUUUAAUGUAACUUGCAAGGAGACAAUUUGUUGAAACUAGACUUUAUAGCUUUUCCACUGAAGCAGGCUUUACCACGAGUCAGAGACUUCUCGUGAGAUUCACAGACAGAAAUCAAACUGACAGUGAAACCACAAUGACUUUUUCUUUAACAUAGUGACACUAUGUACAUCAA